AUGCCGAUGUUGAAAUUAGAGAACGGUCAAGACAAGGGCGUAACGCCGGCCGGUGGCCACGCUAUGUAUAAUAAGUUUAUCCCACACCCGAUGCCUAAACAAAUUUCCUCGUCUUCCGAGGGGCGGGAGGGGACGCUGUCCCGCAAGAAAGCGCUAAAAAAUUAUGCCGUCUUCGGAUCCAUUCCGAAGUGUGUAUGUAAUGCCGUCUUCGGAUCCAUUCGCGCUUGUCCGACAGCAUCCGCUUAUCAGAUGACAAUGAUUGCCAGACCGCUCCAGUAUGACACCGAGCCGCAUAAGGACAACCCUAGAUCUCGCGAAAACUUGGCUGUAAACGUGGAUAUCUUACCAUUUGAAGAGAAGAAAGAGGACGAUGGCAUGUCAUCGAAUGGCUCCGCGGAUGCGUCGGCACAAGUUCAAAGGAAACUGAAGCAACGUCAUAUUUCGAUGAUUGCGGUGGCGGGCACAAUAGGCACGGGUUUGUUUCUAGGAAGUGGCCAGUCGCUUCGCCAAGCCGGUCCUAUUGGUACUCUACUCGGCUAUAUCCUGAUGGGGGCUGUCGUAUUCAGCAUGCAAGUCGCAUUGGUCAAUUAA